AUGGCGCCAGCAAAAGCUCCAAGCCACGCGAAGAGGCCCGAGGUUGGCUCGCAGUCCAUAUCGAGCAUGUGGACACAAAUGUUUCCUCCCAAGCCGACGUACACCGAAGACCAAGUGCCGGAUCUGAGUGGCAAGGUCUUCAUUGUCACGGGGGCCAGCUCAGGCGUGGGCAAAGAGACGGCGAGGAUUCUGUAUUCCAAGAACGCAAAGGUGUACAUGGCUGUGCGGCCUGGGACAAAGGCGUCGGCGGCGGUGGCGGAGAUGCAGGGGGCGGCGCCGCAGUCAUCGGGUUCGCUUGUUGUUUUGCCGGUAGAUCUGGCAGACCUGAGUGCGGUGAAGACGGCAGCAGAGGAGUUUGUCGCGUGUGAAAGCAGUCUCCACGGACUCAUCAACAACGCAGCCGUGCAGGCGCUCGACGACACGAACGGCGAGGCUCGCACAGCGCAGGGCCACGAGGUGCACAUGGGAGUCAAUGUGCUAGCACCCUUUCUGCUUACCCGGCUCCUCAGAGGCGUGCUGGCGGAAACGGCGCGCCGGGAACCGCCCGGUACCGUGCGCAUCGUGUGGGUAUCGUCCAUGGGGACUGAGACGAUUGGAGAAAAGGGCCGUGGACUGUCUGCUGACUACGUCGACUACUGGCCGCUCAUGUCGCCACUCGAGCGGUAUGGACUGAGCAAGGCUGGUAAUUGGCUGCACGGGGUCGAGUGUGCUAAGCGGUAUGCCGAUGACGGCAUUUUGAGUUUUCCCAUCAACCCCGGCCACUUGAGAUCAGAUUUGUAUCGGCAGGGGGGAAUGCUGCUCAAGUUUGCAUUGCGGCCUGUGUUGUUUCCGCCCCUAUAUGGAGCUUACGUUGAGCUAUUUGCCGCCUUGUCGCCUGCGUUAAGCAUCAAAGAUUCGGGGGCCUGGAUUGUUCCGUGGGGUAGGCUGUAUCCUAUCCGCAGCGAUUUACUAAAUGCGACCAAAAGUGAAGCGGAGCAAGGCAAUGGUCAUGCGAAGGCGUUUUGGGAGUGGAGCGAGGAGCAGGUCAAGGCGUUUCUGUAG